AUGGUGGAACCCGAACGCGAACGCGCCGCGACGCCUGCGAAAAGAAAGCUCGCCGACCGAGAUCUGAGCCCCCGAGAACUCGAGAGGAAAGAACCACGGCCACCACCUGCCGAGGUCAAUGGAGGGCCAACAAUUGCUCGCUCGCCCGUGGUUCAGCGGAAAAAGACAAUACACACAGCAACUCCCGUUUGGGCGCAAACCUGGAAUUCCCGAGAAAACAAGAGACUGAAGCAGGCAAAUUUUGAGCUGCUCAAACGAGGGCCACCUCACAUCAACGGAAAGCACGAGGCCAAACCCGCCAGCAACUCCAGUCGCCAUACUUCGCCAGAGACUGCACGAUCUGUUCCGCCACCGGCGGUGCAGGAGCCCAAGCCUCAACACCAUCUAGGCGCAUGGGAGGAGAGCAUUCUCGGAACCCGCCCAUACGAGGAAUUGUCCAAGCAGGUUGCAGACUUUUUGUUUAAGAACAUUUCGCUUCACCCCGACUCGGGCGACAUCAUCGGUCGUGGCGUACAGUUCGAGAUUGAGGCCAAGAUGGGUCUGCUCAUUGACAGAGACACGAACGAGCGCGUUGAAAAAUUCAUUGGCUCUGAAUGCAUUCUCCACGACACCGGCCGUCUGGCCUUCAAAAGCAGCAUGACUGCGGCCCAACACAAAGGACUGAACGAUUUCCUCAAUGCUCUUGUCGUCCAGACCGACCCGCGAAACCCCGAUCCCAGCGCUCGCGGCCGGGUACAAAUCCAGUACAAACAUCGACGGGAGACGGACAAGUUCAUCGAGCUACCUAAUUCGAUGCACUCCCGUCUGCCUACGUGCAUUCGCGCCCUACUUCCGCCUAGAAGACCGAUCAAGGCUCGCAUUACAUACGAUAUGAAGACGAAGGAAGUGCUGGCCAAGAUUGUCAAGGCUCGUGUGGCUGACCUUCACCUGCACCUGCCCACGUGUCCUCUGGACUGCCGCAUCAGCAUCAACCUGGAAAUGCCUUGGGAUGGCCCGGCUGAGGAGUUGGAACGCCUAGCCGUCAGCCACGAGCAGAAGUUCCCCGAUCGUAACAAGGAUCGCCUCAGCUAUAAGCAAAAUCACUAUCAGGUCGACCUGACGCAAGUGACACAGAUGACGCCCGGUCCUGGGAACACCCAAAAGACCGACAGGGAACACGAACUCGAAAUCGAACUGUCCCCGGAUAUUGUCAUUGAUCAACAGCGCCGUGUUAUGAAAAACGAGCCUCAUUCAUACCCGCAAUUGGUGGAGGGUUUCAUCGACAACGUGCGCGUUCUUGCUCGCCGAAGUCGUGAAUUUGUGUAA